AUGAGUGAUACAGAAACAACUGAGAACGAGGCUCAAGAGACGGUGGUAAUAGUUAUAUCGGAUUUUAAGAAGCAGAAGCGAAAUGCAAUUCGAAAUCGUUGUUGACACGUUUGUUAACACAGUUAUCCUGUUUGUUGUCAGAGGAAAACCCUAAUCGAGAGAAUAUAUGCGAUUUAUUGGUUAAAAUCGAUGAACAGAAAGACAUUUGUUUGGAGGUAUUAGAUAAGCUUGAGGAAGCAUACCAGAAAAGUGGGGAUAAACAAAACGCAUUAAGAAUAGGUGAUGAAUCGGACAAAAUAGCUGAGCAAGUGGAUGUUGAAACACAUGCCUCACGUCAAUUUUUGUUAUCGUUAGUCAAGAAAUCUGUGCAUUUAAAAAACAAUGUUGCUAUGGCAACUGAAUCUCAACCGACCAAUACACAACAGCUGGUCCAGGAAAUUAUUACUACAGAAAAUAUGGAAACACCCUUGUUGGAAAAUGAUGGAGUACAAACUGAAUCGAAUAGCAGUUUGCCGCAAGAGACACCUCAAGUAAACAGUAACAUUGGACAUGAACAAUUAUCAAGUGGAAACAACACUACAUUUGUUGACAAUGGAAUUGGAACACAGUCGUCUGAGUCGUCCAGCAGCCAAUCGGAAUUAAACACGACUUCACAAAGUGGAAAUGCUCGCAGAGUGGAUGGACAUUUGGAGCGAAUUCGAAUUCCUAUUUUUACAGGAGACAAAAUGAAGUUUCAACAAUGGAAUGCCGCUUUUACUAGCUGUGUAGAUAAAACGUCAUUGAGUCCACAGUUCAAAAUGCUUAGACUAGAAUCAUGUUUACGAGGAGAAGCAGACGAUACAGUUAGGGGACUUGGAUACUCGCAAGAAGCUUACAAUGCUGCAAGGGCUAGAUUGGAGAGAAAGUAUGGUGGUAGUCGGAGACAGGUUCAGAGUCAUUUAGAAGAAUUAAAAAAGUUUAAACCAUUACAAGAGGAAAAUGCCAGAGAAUUGGAAAUCUUUGCGGAUGUUUUAGAGCGGGCUGUCAUUUGCCUCAAAGAGAAUGGUAGACAAGCGGAUCUGGAAGCCGGAACUUUAUACACCAUUGUUCUUGAGAAGAUCCCGGAGAAAUUACUCUCCCAAUACUACAGAUGGUUAAAGUGCCUAUAUCACUUGUGGGAUAUUUACAGAUUUGGAAAGAGCACAAAAAGUUAGUUUGUAAGUUCUUCAACCUUUUUUGAUUUGGUUCAGUAUUUUCCGAGAUAUUGACCCUCAAAGAUGACAAUUUUCAAAAAAAUCUCCGUCGUGCUUGGGGGCCUGGGACUCAGGAACGCAAGCGUAAACAAACACUAUAGAAUUGUAUUAUAUUUUGACGCUGUAACUUACUAAAGUGAGAAUUUUUGCAAGAAAAGUCGGUUUAUUAAGCUCAAAAUCGUUCUCUGGUACUGAAAAAAGUUCCCACGAUUGCGCUGAAUAUAAAAUUGAAGGUAAAACGUACAAAACGACUUCAAAAUCAAAUUUGAAAGUCCGUCCUUCGUAGAUGGCAUCUAGCUUCGUCGGGCAUGAAAAUGUUGGCAUUUAAAGCUACACUGACGAAAUAUGGGCCAAAGAAUACGUUUGAAAGUUGGAAGAAUAUAACAAGGAAAUAAGGAAAUUCAUUUUCACAUGAAACGGACCUUACAUGUACAGUAUAUCGUGAUAGUUCUUCGUAUUAAAGUGAAUAAUAUAUUUUCUAUAUGUAAAUGUAUUUGCCAUUUGCAAUUUAAUACCAUAUUUUGGGUUGUCUUUGAGUAAUUAUGUUUUGCAGCUUGAAUUAUUGGGAUAUAAAAAUUAAGUAAAGGAGGAGCUUUUUCGAUUCUAUUUUGUACUGUUGAAUAUCACAAUACAUUUCAUGAUUCAAUGAUUGUAUUAGCUUUAUUGCUGCAAUAGACCAAUAUAUAAAUACUUGGCUUGAAUUUAUGGCUUUGCUGUUAUUAAAUGGUAAAGCUCCCAACAUUCCAACCCUUGCCAUUCCAACCCUCACAAGAGGGUUGGAGCCAUGAUGAAAUCUGCAAGGAUCCAGGCCAGUUUAUGUGUGCCUGGUUUGCAGGGCUGACCCUGUUUGAAAGGUCUUGUACAGAUGAAAAUUAUUGAGUGGAAAUUUAUGUACAUUUAUUAAAUAUCCUUCUAUACAAGACCCUUCAACUAUUAUUGAAUUGAAUGAGAAGCCAGGUUCCCGGAAGCACAACCUGAAGACAAAAAAUUCCUUUAUUAGUAUUAGAGUAUUUUUGUGCUAAAUCUGCAUGUGCAUAAACAUAUAGUGUUCUAGCUGACCAUGGUUUUAAAUUCAAGGAAUAAUGUCUGUCAACCAUAUGUUGUUGCACCCAUAGUGGGACAUGGGUGUUAAGGUUUCCUUCAAAUGUUAAUCAAUAGCAAAUCUUCAUUCAAACAAAUUUCCUGCAGCUGUAUAACAUUGGGUCAUUCCAGAAAAGUUCAAAACAUCCAUACCACCCCCAUGGAGGAAAUAGGAAGUUAACCCCCCUACCCCCUUCGGAUAUCCUAAUACAUUUACUAUUAUCAGAAACAAUUUUUUCUCCCCUCCCCCUCCGGAUGGCAGAAAUUUCCUCCGUGGGGGGAGUAUGGAUCUUUUCCGGAACGACCCAUUUACUGCGCAUGAACAGUGCUCACCUUUUUUCCCCACCCCUGUAUAUAUUGGUUACAGCAAGCGCAGUGCACUGGAAUUGCAGGGCAGGUUGGAUUUCUGCCAGCGAUCAGCAGUUGCAUUUCGCUUUUUCACAACUUUUCCUGGUUAGGUAUAAUAAAUGCAUAUAAACUUCUACUCGAUAAUUUCCAUCUAUACAAGACCCUUCAACUAUUAUUCAAUUCUGUAUAACCUGUCUUCCUAAGCUGUUCUUGUUGAUCAAGUUUUUAAAUAAACAUUUUCCUGUACACGGUAGCACGAAUUCAGUUCUUUUUUUCAUGACUUUGACUCCUUUGUCUGUUGACUUUUUUUAAAAAAAUAAACUAAGAUAUUAUUUGUGCACUAUGUGUGCUGUAACUUUAUUAAAUGCAAGUUAAUGACAAAAAAAUCAAGCAUGCAUUAAUUAAAGUUGGACUAUUAACGCCAAAUAGAAUUUUUGGUUUGUGUGAUAUUUGGGUCAAAAUUCUAAUAAGAAAUGUAAUGCAUCUUUAUAGUAAAAAUUCACCUAAUGACAUCAUAUCUGGAAACUUUGACAGUGAAAAGGUCGAUGAAGAAGGGAUUUUUUAUUAUAGAGAUAACAUUUCUUCGAACGAAUGACACAUAUAUUGCACAUACCAAAAAUCAUAUUUGUAGUUUAUAGUCGUGCUUUAAAGUUAUAUUUCUUAUUUCUCAUUUUCCAAAUAUUCAUAUCCUUUGAAGUCAUCAUCUUUCCCAUUAAAAACUGCAGAUAGUUUGAUAAACAGAACACAAUGGUAUUAUUUCAUCUUUUUUACAACCAUGAGCUAAUCUGGUGAAUCACAUGUAUGCCACUGAUAUAAAGACCUAAAAGUAGAGAUAUAAUUAUACCUUAGACUUUAAUAAUAUAUAUUUCUUUAAUCAAGUAAAGAUGAGGCAAACCAGUGAUCUGUUAUACAGCUUAUUCAAGAGUCAAGACACAGUAAUCUGUGCAGCUCAAGCUUUGCCUUGACAUUUAAUAGCAAGGUGUAUUAACCUAUUCCUAUAAUACACAGAAACUUUGCAUGGCCCUAAUAAACUGAAUAUGUCCAGCAAUAAAGCUUUUCAAAUGAUCAGAUCAAAAGCAAUUGAGGCAAACAGAAUCAAUUCCUGCAUAUUUUGUGAAUGGCAAAUCAAACCGGUUAUCCCAUGUCUAUAUCAAAUUUUAUAGUGUUUUUCAAUAGUUAAGCUAUAAUAGUAUUGAAUCUAAAAUGCACAAUUUUACGUUUGUUUACUUGCAGUCGCAGAAUAUUAAUUGCCAAAUGAGUCGACUAUCACACGAUAUUUACAAAUGGAAAAUCACUUACCGAGAACUAACACGAUUAUGCCCGUUCCAUCUAUAAAUAAUUUCUUUACAUCCCUGUUAUAUUCUUCUAGCUUUCAAAACAUAUUCUUCAGUGUAUGCCACUAUGCCAACUCUUUCAUGCUCGACAAUUAUGCAGCCAAUGCUUGACGACAUUUAGGAAAGCUCACUUUCAAAUUUGAUUUUGAAGUCGUUUUGUGCGUUUCACCACGAUUUUAUAUUUCGCGCAAUCGUAUAUGAACUUUUGUCAGUACUGGAAGACGAUUUUGAGCUAAAUAAAUCGAGUUUUCUUGCCAAAAUGAUCAUUUUAGUAAGUUAUAGCGGCAAUUUGUAAUAUAAUUUAUAGUGUUUGUUUACGCUCGCGUUCCUGAGUCCCAGGCCCCCAAGCAAAAUUUAGUACGACGGAUUUUUUCCCCAAAAAUGUCAAAAUUGCCAUGUUUGAGGGCCUAUAUCUCAGAAACUAUUGACCUAAAUCAAAAAAGGUUGAACAACUUGUUAAAUAACUUUUUGCGCUCUUUUCAAAUCCGUAAAGAUCCCACAAGUGAUAUAGGCAGUUUAAGAGAGAAACAAAAGGAAGAAUCCAUGGAGACAUUAAAGGAUUGGAUUUCCCAAGAAGCCGAGUACCAAAUUCAGCUAGGCCUCAGAAAUUAAGCAUGGGUUUCGGAAGAUACGAGAAGAAAGAGUCGAUGGAAGUGGAACAGAUGCAAAUGGAACAGACAAUGUAA